AUGCCUCGAGCUGUGAAAGCGAAAUCUGCGCCCAAGGCUACUCGCAAGGCCUCCGGUUCCGAAGCUGCGCCUAGCGAUGAUCCCUUCCCGCUGAUGCGAACUCGCUCGGGACGAACGCUGCUACCCUUGGUGAAUGGCGGAAGACGCCGUCGUAUUCGACGCCAACCGCCCGAAGAGACAGCACAUGCCCAACCCAUCGAUGAUGGACGGACAUCGACUCGCCCUGCAAGAAAAGGAAGGACAGUUGACACUCGAGCGGCUUCGCCAAAGGAGAACGAUGCACAGAGAAAGGCUGAAGAGCAAGUCUCAGGCUCCAAGAAACGACAAUCAGCUUAUCGGCAGCGGGAGGCUCGCCCUUCUACCCCGGUCGCCGGUCCUUCUACCAGACCACCAACGAAUUCUUCUUCCUCCCCACCGGUUGCGUCCGCCGUGCCUACAGCUCGCGUCGGCCGGCCCCUCACCCGUGACUUUAAUAUCCAAGCCGCCGACGCUUACGCUCGUGGCGAGUUCACCGACGACCCCAGGCUGUACGGGAGAGACACCGUCCCGCCUGAUCGCCAGGGUAUGGGAUACGACGUUGUCUUUUACGCGGGGGAGUGGCGGCACCCCGACGCCAUCUACCGUGGACCUGGUAGUGAGGACGUCGACCUUAGCCAGCUUCGCACCUCUAGGGUUGCGCCUGCGUCUCCUCGGACUGGAGGACCUAGGAGGGAGGGCUAG